UAAACACAACAGACUUUACAUGUAUCAUAGAGCUCUUCUAAGCUUUCAUUGGUUAAACUCUUAAUUUUAUGAUGUGAAAAUUGAUGAUAUAAAAUGGAGGGUGGGGAUUUCAAUUGCACCCGACUCACAUGCCACCCUAUCCAUUCUGUUACCAGUUAAGUUCCCCCAGAAAGAAUGCUGUACUUCCAGUUUUAGACAAAUCCGACAACACAAACCAAAACCCCAAACCUCCACCCUGACAGAAGGGAUGAUGAGAGCAGCAUCAUCAUCAUCCUUGCAUGGUGCUUAUACAAGGUUGCCAACCCCAUCUCCAAAUUUACAACUUUGCCACUUCACCACCAGACUCGAUCUCCUCUCUCUGAAAAUCCCAUUUCUUAGCUACCCACUUGUCCAAAACUGCUUUCUUAAUUCCCAUCAUCACAAAAAAUUAACCACGAUCAGAGUCACUUCCUCGAGGUCCUUGGUGAUCAAAGCUUCAUCAAUGGCUUCCUCCACUGACUCAGAGACCAAACCCUUCUCUGUUCUGUUUGUGUGCUUAGGUAACAUUUGUAGAAGCCCAGCUGCUGAGGGUGUUUUCACAGAAAUUGUCAAGAAGAGAGGCCUUGACUCCAAGUUCAAGAUUGACUCUGCUGGCACCAUUGGUUAUCACGAGGGUAAUCCAGCAGACCCAAGAAUGAGGGCAGCCUCUAAAAGGCGCGGGAUUCAGAUAACAUCCAUAUCGAGGCCAAUACGACCCUCUGAUUUUAGGGAUUUCGAUAUCAUUCUUGCAAUGGACAAGCAAAACAGAGAGGAUAUAAUAGAGGCUUUUAAUAGGUGGAAAUUUAAAGAGACACUACCUGAUGAUGCACACGAGAAGGUUAAAUUAAUGUGCUCCUACUGCAAGAAACAUGAUGAGACUGAAGUCCCAGAUCCUUACUAUGGUGGACCGCAGGGUUUUGAGAAGGUUUUGGAUCUACUUGAAGAUGCUUGUGAAUCAUUAUUGGACAGCAUCUUGGCGGCAAACAGUGACAUUAUAAGUUCAUAAAUCCUGGUUGAAUUCAGGUUAAGCCUACCUUUUGCUUUUCUUCCAAUCCUUGUAUUAAUGUAACGAAGAACUUACAUGUAAUCUGUUAUGAUCAUGCUCGAUGAUCAACUGCCUCAUUAUAGAGCUUUUGCCAUCCCUUGUU